AUGGAGGAUUCUCACUCAAAGCACGCCAUCAUCUCUUUGUUCCUGGGUCCCCUCCCUAAUCACUUGGCAGUGCAGACCUACUCUCAGCUCUCUUCUCACUUCACGUUCGACUCCUCCUCAACGCACGACCCACUGCUGCUGCACGAUGUGGAUUGGUACGAGGGGGAGAGCAGAGGCAAGGCGACCUACGUGCCAAGAGCUGUCUGCUUGGAUACCAAGUGGGGCUGCAGUGCUGGGGCAGGUGGCAGCUACGGAUGGGACGCUUACGACGAGAAAGAAGAUGGAGUUGGUGCAGAUGACCGCGAUGGAGAUGAGGAUGAAGGCGAGAAGGAGGAGGAGGAACGAGCGGAAGCGCGGAUGAGGCGGCAGGGCCUGCUCGCUUGGUGAGUCGCCUUCAGCUGGACGGGAGCGAGGUGUGAGGCGCAGACAUACUCCACUUGAGGUGUCCCGAGGACAAGAAAGCUCCUAUCACAUCUUUAAUCGUCUUCCGUAGCCCUUAUUCACUGAAUGACGCUUCUUGCAGGGGUUCCGAAGCUCAGUUGCAUCGUUUGAACCGAGGCAGCGAAUCUCAGAACGCGAAGACGCCCACUGAGGACUGGCAAGCAAGCGACGAGAGUGAGGCAGAGUCGGAAAACGAAGCCGAAGCUCGGCGAGAUUCUCGCGAUGCAGAGCAGGACCAUGCGGCUCCUCUUGAGCUGCGCAAAGUUGCCGUCGACUCAGAUGCCACACUUCAAAAUCCUCGUAGAGCUGGUCAGCCGGUUCCGCGUCCCAAGCCUUGGUCUCAUUACGCUACUUUCGAUUAUCAUCCACGCUCCAUCGUGCCCCUGUCAGCUCCAUCUGGGAUUGGCGUAGUCACUGCACCAAGCGAUCUCUCUCACGCAGCGGACGAUGUAGCGGCGUCCUCGUUGUUUCUGGACAGUUGGGAGCUGGGAGGUGAAGUGGGCAAGAAUUUGGACAGGGUGGGUCUGACUGAGGUGGCCGGGUCGCUAUCGGGCCAUUCACGCUUCGUUUCGUGCUGAAUAUUUCGCUACUACGUCACCGUGUUCCAGAACACGCCAUUUCUGGACGAUAUUCUGAGACCUUGGCUGGAGUCAUGCGACAGGCUCCAGGCAAUUCAGACCACCACGACGCUCAACGACUCGUUCGCAGGCAUAUCGCAGUGGGCCAUGGAGGAGAUUCGAGACGAGCUCAACAAGUGCGAGCUGCUUUGUUCGGCUGUUUGGCAUGACACAAGCAAUGCCUUCGAGAAUAAGGAUCGAAGAGCUGUGAGUGCAUGGUCCAUCUACUGGGCAAUGCGUCGAAAGGAUCUUGGUCUAAUCACCCAUCCGCUCCUUGGCUCGUACUGCAGCAAGCACAAAGGGUAUCCAAUCUGACCAGCGCUUUGUCCUUCGCGAGCUUGUCAGACUCAAGUACACUCUUCCUUCCCAUCUACUCACCCUGUCCGGCCAACAGCGCAGAGACAGCAUUCCGGAGAAGGGCGGGCUGGAAUGAUGCCAGAACACUCGCAGCUCGCGUACAUCCGUACUGGGAUUCAGCAUUCGUGGCACUUCGGUGAGGAGUGAGGUCAGGGGCUCAUCGAGGUUGCGCGAUCUCACGCAGUUCGCUGGCGGACUUUCUUUCUGCUUCUUCAGGUUGCGGAGCUCAGAUCAGACUGCGAGCAUGCUUACUUCUCGCCUGAAUUGGAGAAGUGACACGCCCAUCUCUCUGCUCGAAGGGAUCAUGCCUCUUGCAUCUUUGGCCUCGACUUUGUCCCCAUCGCUGCAAGCGAUGGAUCCUAUCGACGCUUUGCUCGCAUCUCGGGGCUACGGACCUGGUCGAGGCAAGGUUUUACAGCUGACAGCGGAACAAAAGACAUCACGCAAGCUAGCUGAGCUGAGGCAGGCUCGGGUGGACCUCUCAGGGUCGAUCGAAAGUCUUGCUGGUGUCUCUGCCAAGAAGUCGAGCCUUGCCACCGAGACGCGCAGCGAUAAGGCCUUCGCUAGCGCUACCACUGCUCGAGGUCUUGCUACGUCUUGUUCGGAAGAAGAAGCGAGCACCUUUUCGGAUGCGGUAAAUAAGCUUGUUGAGUGCGAAGAACCGUGGAGUCAUCUGUGAGCGUCGGCUUGUAAUGCUCUGUUCUGUAUAGGCCGCUUUCCGGAUCCGAAGAAUGGUCGCUUACAAAAAAAUUCGUCCACUAACAUCAGAACGACGAGCACAUUAGCGUACAACGAAGUGCGAAGGUCCUAUCCUGCGCUGCGCCGCUUGGCCGAGCCGAGAUGUGCAUCCCAGCCAAAGCAGAUGCAAGACGUUCGGACAUCCCACAGCGUCCUCUCCACUUUGCGUACGUCGCCUCGCGCAGCCACGCAUCUUCGUCGUUCCCUCUCCACCGUUCAAGAGGCUCUCACGGGUCACUUGCCGCUGGAAAGCUGGGGUCUGGAUUCGGGCAGACUGGGAAGCGGAAGAGAAGCGGGAUGCGUGGGGGGAAAAGAGGGUUUGGAAGAGGUCAAGGAGAGGUUGUAUGAGCUCUUGGGAGCUUACGAGGAGGAAACUUUUGAGGAUGACGAUCAUGUCGGAACGGAUGAGGAACGGGCUGACGAGAAGGAUGAACUGGACUGGGACUAA